ACAUGUCAUAAUUGUAUUUGAUGAGUCAUUCAUUUUACUUAGAGUUUAGUACGUCACUGUCAAUCAACCAUUAAAAAACUACGGUUGUAUUGUUUUACUCGUACUAGACAUAAUGCUAUACUACACAUAUUCAUUUCGCAUUAUACUAAGAACACGAUUGAAUCGGCGCAAUGGUGGGGUCAACGAAGAUAGUCAACGCCUCGUGGUCUGGUCGCUUUUCAGUGUCGUCACUUCAUUCCAUCUGUAAUCAUGUCGAUCGUAUCGCAAUUUCUACCAUUCGCCACAUGCUUCAAGUUACACCUGUUGAAUUUCGUAAAUUUAUAAUCGCGUUUUCUCCGUCCGUUUCUAAAUCUUCAUCUUUGUCAUAAGUGACACUUCGAACAAAUAAUCCAAGGUGAUCUUUAUCUUUUUAUUGUGUACAAAAAAUUUGUACUCUGUUCAAAUCAAAAACUUCACGUAAGAAAUGGAAGAAUCUCACAGAUAUGAGGAAUCCGAUCUGUAUAAGGAACAGUCACCUUGGAGUUUACGAAAAUUGGGAGAUAUGGUUCCGGCACGAGUCGUGCUCUACAUUCUUUCGUUUUCUGGAUUCCUUGUGUCUUUUAUGAUGAGAACGGACAUUAAUAUUGCCAUGGUGGCUAUGGCAAAGCUGCCAUCGAACAAUGAAACUAUCGCAGUAACGUCUCACUGUUAUACAAUAUCGAAUGCGUCACAUUCAGAAAAUAUCACUACUGUAAUCAGACCGGAGGAAGCUGGCGAGUUCGAAUGGAGUCCAGCUAUUCAAUCGGCCAUCCUCAGUUCCUUUUAUUGGUGUUAUAUACUUUCGCAAAUGCUUGGAGGUAUUCUUACUCAGUACUUUGGCACUAAAACCAUAUUUGGCGGAUCUCAAGUCAUCACUGCUGUCUGCAGUCUGCUUAUGCCAACUGCCGCGGAGAUUCAUUACGGGGCAAUGAUAGCGUUACGCAGUAUACAGGGCAUUGCAAGUGGACUUACGUGGCCCGCCAUGUAUGCCGUCAUCGGACAUUGGAUUCCACCCGUGGAACGAUCACGCUUUAUGUCUUCUUUCCAAGGGUUCAGCAUCGGUAUCGGAUUGACCUAUCCGUUGUGCGCAUUCAUCAUCGCCUAUCUUGGAUGGAGGGCUGUAUUCUACACGACUGGCACCGUCGGUCUUAUCUGGUGUAUCUUUUGGUAUUUUUGCGCCUUCGACACACCUGCCUCGCAUCCUCGGAUAUCUAGACCGGAACUACGAUACAUUCAAGAAUGUGUUAGAAGCCAAGUUAUUGGAGCAAACGAGGACUUGCCCGUUCCUUGGAAAUCUAUUCUCACGUCUUUGCCAGCAUGGGCAAUUGGCAUUACAACUUUCGGAAGAAUAUGGGUACAUUAUGUCUUUAUUAUUCCUGGCCCGAUGUAUAUGAAAACGGUGUUGGGAUUCAGUAUAGAAGCAAAUGGUAUCCUGUCAGGUGCACCAUUUAUCUGUAGCUACUUAAGCUCGGUUGUGUUCUGCUAUGUUGCGGAUCUCCUAGUCACGAAACAAAUCAUGACUUUAAUCACUGUGCGCAAGAUAUUUACUGCACUAUCUCAAGUGGUUCCUGGACUACUUGUGAUUUUAAUUGGAUACUUAGGCUGCGAUAUUAUCCUAGUUUUAAUCGUUUGGUUCAUAGCUGUUACUCUUAUAACUGCCGGCUACGCGGGCGCAAUGGCUAAUAUCGUCGAUAUUGCACCCAAUUUUGCUGGGCCAGUGUUAGCAUUCGCGCAGACAAUUCAUAUGACCGCUAGUUUCCUAUCUCCUAUAGCAGCUGGCCUGCUCACACAAGAAAGCCAAUCUCUUGAUUCGUGGAGAAAAGUAUUUGCAGUUACUGCGGGUGUAUCUUGCAGUACGUACAUCGCCUAUCAAAUAUUUGGUACGGCGGACAUACAAGCGUGGAACUAUCCAGAUCAAAAAUAUCCUCAAUCUGUUCGAGAAGAUUCUCCGUUAAAUGAUUUGCAGAAAAAGAGCAAGAUUGUUCCGAGCCGAAAAAGCCUGUCAGAACAAAUAUAAUAUUUCUAUUUAAGUUUAUUUUUUCUUGUUAUCAUUCCUUACAGUGAAAUUUAGAUCUCUUGACGCACAGAGAGCACAGUUGAAUAUAUGAAAAAUACCUAUUUUUAGUAUUGUUUUAUUAUAUUAUAUUGUAAAUAGAUCUAAUUGUUGAUAUGGAAGAAAUUAUAUAGUUGUCAAGGUAUACUCUUAUUCACUCUUAAUUAUGUAUACGUUUGUGUGUGUGCGUGCGUGUGUGUGUGUUUCACAAUUUUUUUUAAAGAAAUUUUUUAUAUAUUUGAAUAAAUCUUCUAGAAAAGUAAAAGAAUAAAUAAAGAAUUUAUUCUUAUACUUUUCUUAAUAUGUUUAUUUUGUCUUAUUUCACAUGUUACAUUUAUAGUCGUAUAAAUGUAAUCUUAUCUUAUAACAAAUACUUAAAAGAUGGGUUUAUAUGGAAGCAUUUUUAGUUGUGAUAGAUAUUAAAGAAUACAAAUACGUAAUUUAAUUCAAAAUAUAUGAACAUAUAUAGUUUUAUUAA